CCUCAGCAGCAGCAGCAGCUCGGAGACAAGUGGACAAGUGGAUCUGCUGCACACAUAGAGCACACACCGAGCUGCUGCCUCCAGUAUGGUGGACAUCUCAUCCAGCUUCCUGAUCACUUGAAAAGUUGGGGUUCAAGCAGCCUGUAAAAGUUAGGGUCCAGGGAUCCUGCAGGCUGUGCAGACAGACAUCUCAGCAUCACUUGCUCCCUUAUCUCUCAGGCUUGGUCCAGAGGAAAUGAUCUGUGAGCUGCUGCUGCCUACAGGGACGAUGCAGUGUGACAGCACUAGAUUCUUCAUGCACCACCUUCUCCUCCUCAUCAUCACCCUCCUCCCCUCCAGCUCCCUUCAGCUCCUGGCUUGUUUAUAGAGCAGAGUGGGACUGGGAGGGAUUGUAUCCACCGGUUUAGAGCUCAUCCACGUGUUUUCCACCAGUGGGGAGUUGAGUUCUCCAUGCUUACAUCAGGAUGAAGGAGCACACACUGGAUUGAUUUGGGAUAUUGGAGAUGUAUUUUUUCUAUUCUGCUUGUUUUUUGGGGAACACCAUGACCCUCUGAAGGUAUGCUGGAGUAGUGAUGGACCAAGAAGGUAACCAGCAUGGUUGUGUCUAUCAGGUAGGCUUGGAGUGACAGUGUUUAAUUCUAAUGAAUAAUUGGGAACAGAACCUGCUACUGCUGAAUUGGACCAUUCAUUGUGCCCCCCAGGUGCUGAUAUACUCCCCUCACUUAUUUCUGCAACUCUUACAGUAUUUUGAGCAACAAUGCAUUAUCCCAAACUUUAUUUUCUACAAGCCAAAUCUAUAGCUUGUGAUCCUUCAGUACAUUGACUUCAUUGGAUAAUAUCUAGUGGUGGUUUGGUGGUGUCCUUAGAACACUGGGGGAUUAUUUAUUGGUCAACACAAUCUGUGGCUUCCAAAGACCUUUGGUUGCUCAUCAGAUAUAAAGUUUAGUGCAUCUAAAACUGCUGUGAAACUUGGAGUAGUGGAGCACCUUCUUCCUCUAAGUUCUUGGAGAGCCCUGUGGAUUACAGAAAUCACCCUCCACCAGUGCUUGACUACAACCAUUUACUGCUAUGAAGAGGAAACAGAAGAGGUUUAUUCAGAUGGCUUUGCUAUUUACAGCUGCUUUGAUAUUUCUGCCCAAUAUUGGCCUUUGGUCUUUGUACAAGGAAAAACAGCUCAUGAAGUCCACCGAUGGAGGAGAUCAGGCAUUUUCUCUUGGACUAAAUGAUGCCCAACUCUACACAUGGACAGACGGCCUCAGAAGAAAGGAUUGGCACGACUAUGACAGUAUUCAAAAGGAUGCACUACGCUCAGGUAAAGGUGAACAUGGGAAGCCAUAUCCUGUCAAUGAACUAGACCAAGAUGACAUAGCUUAUAGAGAAAAUGGCUUUAAUAUAUAUGUUAGCAACAAUAUUGCGCUGGAGAGAUCGCUCCCUGACAUUCGACAUCCUAACUGCAAGCACAAACUUUAUUUGGAAAAGCUGCCAAACACCAGCAUUAUUAUUCCAUUUCACAAUGAGGGAUGGACGUCACUACUAAGAACCAUACACAGCGUGAUCAACAGGACACCGGACAGCCUCAUAGAGGAAAUCAUCUUGGUAGACGACUUCAGUGACAGAGGAGAUUCUAUCAGGAAUAGACUAGGCGAUAAUUUAGUACUAAGUGAAGGACCUCGUCUGGAAACAGUUUUAAUCUUCCCUCUCUCCAAGCUAUUCUACUUCUUUGUGGCUAUUUCUAUUACCAUUGAUAUUGAGGCUCCAAGGAACACCAGUUUCUAUAAAGUGAAGCUGAAAGUUCCUGAAGACUUACAGCAGAUGGGCUUAAAGGAAUCGGCUCAUAAAGACUUUUCAAAGGCAGUGGAAGCCUUUUCGGUGUCUUAUGACUCAGAGAAUACCCAGCUGGUCAGCUUGUCUGACAAUGAAGUUACCAUUAAGAGGGUGAACAUGUUGGGUAACAUCCAUUUCCGAAGUCUUCGGACAAAAUUGUCUGUGAUAUCAAGAAUCAAAGAAGCCAGAAAGAAUCUGGAAAGCUUAUGUCUGUCAGUGUCUAGAUUCCAUGUGCAAUUUGAUGUACGAAAAGACUUGAUGCGCUCAGUAAUCGGCACUCGUGGCACAAAUAUACAACAAGCAAGGAGAAUCCCUGGGGUGACUGCUGUUGUUCUUGAUAAAGAUACAUGUACGUGUCAUGUUUAUGGUGAGAACCAAGAUGCUGUGAAGAAGGCAAGAAGUUACCUGGAGUUGGCUGAGGAGGUAAUCUGGGUUCCCCGAAACUUGGUGAGAAAAGUAAUUGGGAAGAAAGGAAGGCGCAUUCAGAAGGUUGUCGACCAGUCAGCGGUUGUUAGAGUGAGAGUUGAGAGUGGUAAGAAGAGCUCCCAAGACGAGGGAAUGGUCCCCUUUGUAUUCCUGGGCACAAAGGACAGUGUUACUAAAGCAACCAUUCUACUGGACUACCACCUCAAAAGGUUGAAGAAAGUGGACCAACUUCAGCUAACUCGACCAAAGAGAAGGACAAAUGCAUCUCCGGUGGUCUGA